UUUGGUCAAAUAGUGUAACGCCAAAUACUUCCUGGUGCAUACGUUUAUUGUCACAUGACAUUUUGUUUCACCAGUGGAAUGUAGACCAACCGAAAGCAGCAUUUUUAUCAUAAACUGGUGUAACAUUAAAUGGAACUAUCAUCUCGGUGACAUGACAGCUUGUCAGGUUGUCACCACCAUGUCUCUCAGGGGCGACCGUACCUCCGUGUUCACGUUCCAGUCUACGAUUCACAGCUCCCACGUCCUGACGCGUCUCAACGACCAGAGACUGAGUGAUGUGUUGUGUGAUGUUACACUAGUGGCAGGUGGCAGGGCGUUCAGGGCCCACUGCUCUGUACUGGCCUCCUGUAGUGACUACUUCCACAGCAGGAUCCUCAACCACACCAGCCCCAGCCUGGUGCUCACUCUGCCUGAUCAGGUAACAGCAGAGGGGUUUGAACCAUUGCUACAGUUCUGCUACACCUCCAAGCUGCUCUUCACCAAAGACAAUAUCAUGGCCAUCCACAGGUGUGCCGGGCUCCUGGGGUUUCACAACCUGGAGACUAGCUGCUUCGACUUCCUUCUGCCAAAGUUCCUGGAGGGUAGCAACAUUACAGCCCAGGAGGCAAGAAGAAGAAGAGGAGGCUGCUGUCAGGGCAGGUCCCAGAUCAGGUCCUCCAACCAGGGAAGAUUGCCUAGUGGCAGGUCCCCCGGCCAGAGGAGGUCCCCCAGUGUUGAUUCAACACACUGUACAGGCUGUCAGUCUCAAAGCAGGACCCCCAACCAGAGCAUUUCACCCAGCCAGGGCUUGUUGCCUAGUGGCAUGACCCCCAGCCAGGGCAUGUUGCCUAGUGGCAUGACCCCCAGCCAGGGCUUGUUGCCUAGUGGCAGUUUAGCCCACAAUACAGACACAAACCGAGUCCGAGAGCAGCAGGUUCUACCUCAUCCCCAGAACACGGGCCCAAGCCAGACAACAGGAAGUGAUGUCAGGAACAUAGGAAGUGACGUCAGGGCACAGUGUUCAACUGCCAACCCAAGUGGAACAAUGUCACACCAGAGUUUAACAGUGCCUUCGGACGGAAACGUACAAAUAAACUUUCUGUCGUCAUCCCGAUGUCCAAAGAGCCUGGCCUUACUAGUCAACCCGGUCAGCAGUGGUCGGGAGCAGUUCUGUCUACAGACCUGUGGCCCCAACAUGUCACCCUUAUCCCUCGGGGGACUGCCGUCCUCCAGUGGUCUUGGUGUCUGUCCCAUCCUGGCCAUGCCGUGUCCUGGUGGUGUUGACCGUAAGCCAGACCCCGACGCCGUUUUCAGUGAUAGAGACAUCCUUGGGAUGGAGGCAGCGGUGUGUCCCAUGACGAUGGGUGAGGGGAGUCUGAGAGAUUGCCCACUCUCCUGUGAACUGCCGUCCCAUGAGGAUGCGAGCCCAUCAGACCUUAUUGAGGCAACGGUUGGAGAGAUGGCUGAUGACCAGCCUGUUGUUGGGAGUCUGAUGGCUGAAGAAGCUGGGAGUAACCCAGGUUCCUGUAGCACGUGCCCACUGAGAGGCUCAGGGGUGGUAGAAGAGGCUGAGCUUCAGCUACCUGUAUUGGAUCUCCUGGCAAUACACAAAAGCCCUAACUCAGAAAAUAGUGAGGGGGAGAGCCAUGGUGGAUGCCUUAUGCUCCCAAGGCCACAACGAUUAGGUCAAGUAGAUCAGCUACCUGUGUUAAUGCAGAGAGAGGACCCUGGUCUGGAUGGCAGCGUGGCUGUUGAGGGUCAUCUCCCUGACUCCGCCCUCACUGACCCCUCCCUCUCUGACCCCACCCUCUGUGGUCUUACCCCUGAUGGUAGGGGGUAUGGAGAGCGGAGCAUCGUGGAGAGGGAGGUGGCUGAACAUCUGGCCAAGGGUUUCUGGCCUGAUUUAUACCCCUCACAGACUGAAUCUCUCCCUAGUCUCCCUAAUCUGGACACCAUGGAGCACGGAGGUCUGGGGAGAGUUCCUAAUCUGGACACCAUGGAGCACGGAGGUCUGGGAAAGGCUACAGACUUCCCCUGGCAGCUAGACCUGAACUCAAAUCCAGCAGACUGUCCCUUCCUUAGAGACCUGGGGACAGGAGAGGCAGGGGGGAUGGAGGGGAUGGAAGAGGAGAGGACUCAGACGGAGACCUGGACACAGACGGAGACACGGAGAGAGAGGCCAACAACAGGAGAGCACAAGAGGUUCGUCUGCCCUUCCCGGUGGUUCAGAUCUCGUCAGUGAGUCGUAGUGCCUUCCAACAGCUCCUACGAUGCCAGCAGCUGACCCACGAACAGCUGGAAUUCGUCCACGACGUUCGACGACGCAGCAAGAACCGCGUGGCCGCCCAGCGCUGUCGCAAGAGGAAGCUAGAAGGCAUCAGUAAACUACAGACUGAGAUCGGCACACUGAGAGGAGAGAAGAAGAGGUUGCUGGAGGAGCAGGCCCAUCUGCAGAGGAACAUGGAGGAGAUGUUACAGAGUCUGACAGGGCUGUGUCACAGCGUCUGCAACGAGGCAGGGGUCUGUCAUGAGCAGGACCAGCUACAGCUCCUAGCCAAGCUCCAGUCUCCUGACGUCU